CUGUAAAAAAAACCGUGUAAAUCGUAAAUCGUGGCAGAGUUAGCUGACGUCAGUGAAACUUUGUAAACGGACCCCUCUCGACUUUACCGAGUUUUAAAUAUCCGCCCACCCGCUGCUGAGAAGAUGCACUAAACGAACGCCUAUUUCUAUUACCAAUCAUACACUGAUUACUUUACACUAGCAAUACAUUUGUCAUAUUUUAAUGACCACCAAUUGCAGAGGAGUCACACUUUAAUGUGCCGCAAUACGUCCAAAAGUAGAACCAAAAGAACACGGAAGACCAACGAUGGCAAGUUUGACUGACAGUUUGCUUUGUGAAAACAAAGAUUCGAACGUGGAACGUUCAGGUGCCAUGAGCAACGAGCUCAACGUGCCCAUGGGGUCCCCGGCCCCGGGGGCCUCCGAGCGUGCCCCAGACGGCGGGGGCAUGGACUACAGGGACUGGGUGCGGCGCAGCUACCUGGAGCUGGUGAGCUCCAACCAUCACUCAGUGCAGGCGCUCUCCUGGAGGAAGCUCUACCUGAGCCGGGCCAAGCUCAAAGCCUCCAGCCGGACCUCGGCGCUCCUCUCGGGCUUUGCCAUGAACGACAGCAAUUGCAUGCAUCCGGGCACAGCUGCACACGUCCAUGGUAGCAAACAUGGCGCCUGUUGUUUAAUUGGCCGUACGCUUUAUACACGACUCUGGAAAACACUUCCCCCUUCCAUUUCUGUUACGGUCAAGUGUCUCCAAAGGGUGGCCAUGGUGGAGGUGCAACUGGAGAUGGACUACCGCUACCCGCUGGCGCUCCUCAUCGCCUUCAGCGUGUGCACCACCGUGCUGGUGGCGGUGCACCUGUUUGCGCUCCUCAUCAGCACGUGCAUCCUGCCCAACGUGGAGGCGGUCAGCAACAUCCACAACCUCAACUCGGUCAGCGAGUCGCCGCACGAGCGCAUGCACCACUACAUCGAACUGGCCUGGGGCUUCUCCACGGCGCUGGGCAUCCUCCUCUUCCUCGCCGAGGUGGUGCUCCUCUGCUGGAUCAAGUUCCUGCCCGUCAAAACCACGCCGGCGCCCGCCGCCUCGGACGCGGGGAACAAGGGCUGGCAGGCGGCGCUGGCCUCCACCAUCAUCAUGGUGCCCGUGGGCCUCAUCUUCGUGGUGUUCACCAUCCACUUCUACCGCUCGCUGGUGCGCCACAAGACGGAGCGCCACCACCAGGAGAUCGAGGAGCUGCACAAGCUCAAAGUGCAGCUGGACGGCCACGAGCGAGGCCUGCAGGCCGUGUGAGGUCACGUGACCGGACUGGCGCUCUUCCCCCUUAUUGGUGAAUUUACAAACACAUGCCAACAUGGCCGACUGCUUAUUUCCUGUUGCGCACUCAGGAAGCAAACAUUAAUUACAGUUAUUGACGUGUAAGAACGAUACUCUGCUCUGUGGUGCCGCCCUGCUGGUAAGCGAGCACAAGUACACUCAUUUCAUUGACUUUACUUCCAAGCUCAAGAAUUACAACUGCUCAAUUUUUACAUCUUUUUGCUGCACACAAGUCUUAAUCGGAGCUCGGUCAGUUACACUGUUUUUUGUUUAUUUUUUAGUUUCAAGCCUUCUGAUGGUGCUUUAAGUGUUGGUCUUCCAGUUGCUCGUGUCAGAGCUCCAAAAAGGGCAUUGGUCGUUCUUCUGCGACUCGUUGUCGCCCACACAAGGCUAAGUUACAAAGUGCACUUUUAAACCGUGUUUACACUUAUUUAUAUUUCCUUACUGUAUGAACGGGACACUUUUUAAAACCCUGCGUUGGUAAAAAAAAAAAAAAAAAAAGAGGCGUCAUAAAUGAAUAAAUAAAAAAAUACAAAUAAAAGGUCAGUGUAAUUGUGAAUGUACUUUUUUGCCUUAUUUAAGCUUUGGUUUACUGUCUUCAUAUUUCUGAUUACAUUCCUAACACAUCUGAAAUGAGCCUGAUUUAUCCAUUGUUUACCCAUCCUUCAAAAUAAAAGCUCACUAUAGUCCGUUUUGCAUAUCUUUGUUCUG